AUGGCUUCUAAGUAUUUACAAAAGUACCCAGUUCCUGAGGGAUUCAACUAAAUUUUACAUGAUUUUACAAGAGAAGUCUUGAGGGAUUAACCAGAAGACAUAAUAAAAUAUGGUGUAGAUUAUUUCGAAUGUAUGAGAGAUGGGAAGGAAUUUAAAUUUGAGAGCAAAUUCAAUAUUGCAUAAGGAUAGGCUCCAGGAAGAUCACAUCUACCUCCUAAGCCAAUUAAUUCAAUUGAACAAGCUAAGAAAGUUGUUGAGACUUCCAAUUAGAGGAAUGAGAUUGAAAGGAAGGCCUCAGCUCCAUAGAAGCAGGCUUCUGGCUCCUCUCACAGGACGAGACAAUAGUCAGCAGGCUCAUAGGCUAGUCAUCCUGAAGAGAAGAAGGCAGCAAAGGAUUAUAUUAACGAACUUUAUUAAAAAGUGGAAUAAGACAUUGAGGAUAUCGAGACUGGAAAGAUCGAAGCUAACAAUGCAUUUUUUUAGCCUCACUUUGUAAAGAAUGAUGAGAAGGACAUGGAGAAAAUAAUUAAAAUAUAAGCAAGUGCCAAGGGGAUGCUAGUUAGAAAUCAGUUGAAGUAGUAACAUCCAGUGGAGCAGCCAUAAGUUGUGUAUUAGGAGGACGAAGAGGGGAUAGUAGAGGAGUAUGCCCAAGAUUAGGAGAAAGAUUAAUGA